AUACACGUAACGAUUACUCAGAGAGAGCCAAGAAAUCCGGGAUAUUUUGAUUGAGAGAUGAAAGCGAUCCUCAGAAGCCCGAAGCCAUUCGUAGAAUUCGUGGUUCCGAUUAUGCCAUGCCCCUCGCCUCACAUUCCUUAAUUUCAUCUACUUUUCCCCAAAUCUCUAUUUUCGCCUAAGUUCAUUACUCCCUCACCAGAAGGGAACAGUAUCAUGGUUCAACCAUGCUAACGGUGAAUGCUCCCAGAGCUAUUCUAAAGUGCCAUUCACAUCAAGAUUCAGCACCAUCACUGCACCAAACUUAUAAUUAUUAUAAAACAAAUAAUGUUAAUUUUAUAAUAAAUUGCAAUUCUGCUUUUCCUAAACCACCUUCUGCUACUCCCUGUGGCAAUAUAUUUCAUAGUUCCUCCUUCUCCGGCAAGUGCGAUAAGCACCACAAGAGCCUUCAUCUAUGGCACUGCGGGUUGCACGAUUCCAUCUCAUCGGAGGAUGAAUAUCGAUCCUCGCGCAACAUAGCGAUCAGCUUGUUUAGGCGUUACCGGAACUUCAUUGAUCGUGGUGGAGGUGACAAUCUAAAAGAGUUCAUCACUGCGGGGGUAAAUGCGUAUGCACUUGGAUGCACUGAUGAAGGAUUGAGGAAAGAGCUUACUGAUAUAAAGGACUCUGGCACUGAAAUUGAAGCAAUGUCAAGUUACGGUGGAAGCACCAGCUUGAAAUCUAAGAUCAUCUCAGAGGAGGUUGAUGAGUGCAUUUUUUGGUUAAGCAUUAUAUUCAUCACAAUCUUGUGUACACCACAACCAACUAUUGUUAGGUGGUCGUCGACGCCUCCAGUGUCAGAUGAAGUGAGACUCCAGUGGAAAGGCUUCUGUGCUCUUAUAGCGAAUGCAUAUUAUAUGAAGGGAAUGGCUUGGCUUCCGGUAAAGACUCUUCAACUUGAACAAACAGCUGUGAUGGGUCAAGCUGAGGAACCAUCGGUUGUUGCUAGCCGGAUGAGAUUAGUCUUUAGCACACUUGAGGUAGUGAGUCCACAGUGGCCAAAAGUAUAAAAGCGCCAAAAAAACUCAACUGGUAUCCCAGCAACUUACCCUCCUCAGUUCCCACCACCCACCCACCC